UCUGGCCUAUAUGUGCUAAAUUAUUUCUGGCUUAUCUAAGAUAGAUAGAUAGAUAGAAGUAAAUACCCAAGUUUGACCUAUUUUUAUCACGUUGCUUGCUUUUAUUGUGGGUCACGGAACGUUUUUCAUAACCGUAUUUCCGCCCGCGCCCGCUGAACAGAAGCAACUAGGAAAUGACGUCGUUGUAAUGCGUUUGUUUUGAGCCGCGUAAGAGAAACGUGGAGAGUGCGCUACUGUUUCGGCCUCUUCUCCUUCACCAUGAUCAUCCCCGUGCGUUGCUUCACUUGUGGGAAAAUUGUUGGGAACAAAUGGGAGGCAUAUUUAGGUCUUCUUCAAGCAGAGUAUACAGAAGGUGAUGCUCUUGAUGCUCUGGGUUUGAAGAGAUACUGCUGUCGCCGGAUGCUUCUGGCCCACGUGGAUCUUAUUGAGAAGUUGUUGAAUUAUGCACCACUGGAGAAGUGAUGAGCGUUCAGUACAGUAGAAGAUGGACCUCUGCUCAAAUUCUUACAUUUUUAUUGACUCAAUGAACAUAAUGGAAGAGACACAGGCAUGGCCUCAGACCCGUACAUGGCUGUUUCUGUAAACUACAUCUGAAGCAUGCUUGUGAUAUUGGAUUUUUGAUUACUUGCAUUUUGUUAAAUAAAGUUUGAAAUGUA